GGGGAGUUUGGCUGUUCUCCACAAUUACGCACGCGGCGUUUCUGCGUAAUGGAUGCAUCCUUGAAGCGCGAGCGCACUGACUGGAGUUCUGCACACAAGUGACGAUGAUGAUGAUGAAGGCACAGUUACGUGGCUGACCCGACCUGUGCCGAUAGCCUAUAUAAACCCCAUCCAGCAAGAGAAAGUCAACAAAACCCCUCCAGAUUCAGGACCGUCAAACACGCUCAACAAGUACACGGAACGCGCGCGCCUGGAUUAUGAAGCUCAUAGAGAACAAGCACUAAAUAUCACAGAAUAGCCUUGUCUUUACGAUGCACGCAGACUUUCUCCAGAUGUAGGCUCGGUUUGGUUCAUCUGACUCGUUUGGAGCGAUGGAGUCGUUUGAUGCGGCGGUGAACGGCGUCUCUCACACCGAGGAUCCGUUCUCGGGACCGCUCACAUUCAUCGCACCCUGGAACUAUAAGGUCCUUGCGGCGCUGAUGUUCGUGGUGACCUCGGUGUCUCUGUGCGAGAACUUCACGGUGAUGCUGGUCACCUUCAGGUUCAAACAGCUCCGACAGCCGCUCAAUUAUAUCAUCGUCAAUUUAUCUCUGGCGGACUUUCUCGUGUCGCUGACUGGAGGAACGAUCAGUUUUCUAACCAACUUCCACGGCUAUUUCUUCUUGGGCAAAUGGGCUUGUGUUUUGGAAGGUUUCGCAGUCACCUUUUUUGGCAUCGUGGCUCUGUGGUCUCUGGCUGUCUUGGCGUUCGAGCGGUUCUUCGUCAUCUGUCGGCCGCUGGGGAACAUCCGUCUGCGAGGAAAACACGCGGCUCUGGGUCUGCUGUUUGUCUGGACCUUCUCCUUCAUCUGGACCAUUCCUCCUGUCCUGGGCUGGAGCAGCUACACCGUCAGCAAGAUCGGCACCACCUGCGAACCCAACUGGUAUUCGGGAAACUUCCAGGAUCACACCUUCAUCAUCACGUUCUUCACCACCUGCUUCAUCCUUCCACUGGGUGUGAUCAUCGUCUGCUACUGCAAACUGCUCCGGAAGCUCAGAAAGGUGUCUAACACGCACGGCAGGCUGGGCAAUGCCAGGAAGCCAGAGCGUCAGGUGACUCGUAUGGUGGUUGUGAUGAUCGUGGCCUUCAUGGUGGCCUGGACUCCGUAUGCUGCGUUCUCCAUCGUGGUCACGGCCCAUCCCAGCAUUCACCUGGACCCGCGGCUGGCAGCCGUUCCAGCGUUCUUCUCCAAAACCGCGGCGGUUUACAACCCCAUCAUCUACGUGUUCAUGAACAAACAGUUCAGGAAGUGUCUGGUUCAGCUCUUGAGCUGCAGUGACGUCACCGUCAUCGAGGGGAACAUCAACCAGACCACCGAGCGCGCAGGCAUGACCAAUGAGAGCAACACAGGAGAGAUGUCCGCCAUCGCCGCAUGCAUCCCCGCGGCUGGAAGCAUCCCACCUAAAACAGAAGAGCAUCCCAAUGAACGCAGCUCCUUCACCCAAAUUCCCAUUCCUGAGAACAAACAUCGACUCUCCGCUGACUGACGAAAGCACUGAGCCCAUUCAGAAAUGGGACACGUGAACACACCGCACUCUCAUCGGCGCACAGACAGUUCUGAUCCCAUCAGUCGAAUAUCUAAAUCUGGUGUCUACAUCACAGAUCGAACUCUCUGAAACACACACAGACACAAAUCCAUCAGUCCAACAUCAAGAGCUUCUAAAUUUCCUUCACAAACUCAGUUCUGACUCUGAAUUUACAUUUAAACAAUUGUUUACAUUGAGACUGUCUGCAAAGCCAAUAUUGAUAAAACACAAAUGCAUGCAUAAGAUGCAUAAGAGCAAUACAUGUAGCGUUCAAUCUGAGCUUUACAUUAACCAGAUGAUCAUUGAACGAAAUGAAAGAGGCACCAAAAGGAAUUGCAAAAAUAAUGAGUGUUUGGAUCAGAUAUAAGAGGGUCACUGAGGUUUAUUGAGAGUCUUAUUCUUCUGCUGCUGUACAGCCUUUCACUCAAAGCACAA